CAGUGAACAACCUAACAGCUCUUUAUUGAACAGCGAACAUCGCUUUCUAUUUCAAUGCAUUUUCAUUAAUUGCUCCAGUUUCUUAAGUGAAAAUCAAUCAAUGCAAUUGUGCGCAUCCGGAAGUAUUACGACAUAUGCAGCGUGCCCGCAUUAAAGCGAAGCGAAUUGACGUAGGCGCCGCCACAAGGACGUUUACUGAAAGAGUGAGAGAGAGAGAGAGAACGGCUGCAGAUUAAAGGGCACAUCUGACAUCAGCACACCCAAAUAAGUAAAAAUGAUUCACGUUGGCGAAAACUCAUGGAAUUUGCGCGUUUUCAUAACGGAUCUGUCACUGGAGCGCACAAUGCGCGUGCGCGGUGACCAGCAUUUGGGCAGUAUAAUGCUGCAGCUAGUUGAUCCAGAGAUUCCGAAAGAUUGGUCAGAUCAUGCGCUCUACUGGCCAGCUAAAAACAUUUGGCUUACACGCACACGAGCCACGCUCGAUCAAUGUGGCGUCCAAGCGGACAACUUGCUUCAUUUUACGCCCAUGCACAAGGUUCUGCGCGUCCAGUUGCCAGAUCUGCGUUACAUUGAUUGCCGUGUGGAUUAUUCGGCGAAGACUUUUGCAGCUGUUGUGAGUUUGUGCAAACAGCUAGACAUACGCUAUCCGGAGGAGUUGUCCUUAUGUAAGCCACUCGAGGCGGAGCAUCUAAAAAAGAACUUUGCUCAGCUGCCGCAUCUGAAACGUGUGCCAAUUGCCGAGCCGGAUGGCACGACUUAUCUGCAACCUGCAGCAGAUACGAACUCAUUUGUGCCCAUCAAUUCAAGCUUCAAUGGUGGCAGCAACGGCAGCCUGGACAAACCAUCUGCCCCGGGUAUGUUCUUUUGUGCGCCGCUUUCUCCACAUCAUGUGGCAGGCAAGCGCUCGCCCACACCUCAUACUCCCGGCAACUGGAAGCCCAGUCAUACAGGUUAUGGUACCUAUGAUUCUUCCUCCUCGAGCCUGGGUGACUUUCAGGAGAACUUGGCCAGCUCGCCUCAUGCUCCCAGCGCUGAGGUACGUGCCCGUCUGUUGCGCCCCAAAUCGUUAGUGGAGAAGGCACGUCUGAAUGUCGGCUGGCUGGACAGUUCGUUGUCGCUGAUGGAGCAGGGCAUCCGGGAAUAUGAUACGCUGUGCUUGCGCUUUAAAUACUAUAUGUUCUUCGAUAUGAAUCCCAAGUACGACCAGGUGCGCAUCAAUCAGCUGUACGAGCAAGCCAAGUGGUCCAUUUUAAACGAAGAACUGGAUUGCACCGAGCAGGAGACGCUGAUGUUUGCAGCUCUUCAGUUCCAGGUGAAUCAUCAGGUGGACAUGCAGCCGUUGCCCGCCGUUGAUUCGGGCAUUGAUACAUCCAGUCAGGAGAACGAUGAUGAUGACAUCGAUUCGGCACUCAAUGAACUGAAAAUCACGCUGGAAGGUAGCAACGCCAACGAUUCUGUUAAUAUUACACACAUACCGGAACUCUCCGACUACCUACGGUUCCUUAAGCCACAACGUUUUACAUUACGCGGCUACAAGCGCUACUUCUUCACGUAUCGCGAUUUACACUUGCAUCUAUACAAAUGCGCAGAGGAUUCGCGACGUACUGCACCCGCAAUUAGUAUCAAUUUACGUGGCUGCGAGGUGACACCAGAUGUGAAUCUGGCACAGGGAAAAUACGCCAUACGGCUGGAGGUGUCACCGGAGGAUGGUCAUGGACCCAACAGCGAAGUCUGGGUGCGUUGCGAGAACGAGCAGCAGUACGCUAAGUGGCUGGCUGCGUGCCGUCUGGCAGCCAAAGGUCGCUCCCUGGCAGACAGCACAUACGAAAGCGAAGUCGAUGGCAUUCUGUCCCUGCUGCAGAUGCAACGACCAGUACAUGGCAUACACGUCAACAUCGAUCCACGCAGUGUGGACCCUGUAGACUAUCUGUCGCAGAAGAUGAUGCGCAAGCUUUCCGGCAAGGCGGUACAGCGUAUUCUGGAGGCACAUGCCAAUGUGCGAGACCUCUCUCUGCUAGAAGCGAAAUUGAAGUAUAUCCAGGCUUGGCAAUCGCUGCCUGACUUCGGCGUUUCGCUGUUCAUCAUCAAGUUCGACGGCCACCGCAAGGAGGAGCUGCUAGGUGUAGCCCACAAUCGAAUCAUGCGCAUGGAUCUUAGCACGGGGGAUCACAUCAAGACCUGGCGCUACAAUAGCAUGAAGGCCUGGAAUGUCAACUGGGGCAUUAAGUGCAUGAUGAUUCAGUUUAACGAUGAGAACGUCGUCUUCUCUUGCCACUCUGCCGAUUGUAAGGUGGUGCACGAAUUUAUAGGCGGUUACAUUUUUAUGUCCAUGCGCUCCAAGGAUAACAAUCAGACGCUCAACGAAGAACUGUUUCAUAAGCUGACGGGCGGCUGGUCGUAAAUUCUAUAUUUUUCAUAUUUAUAGAAGAAUCUUUUAUUGUUGACAGUGGCCUUAUUUAUAGCCCAUUUUUAUAAUCUGACGAACGUGCCUAAUCACAGUUUUUAAUGCAAUGUUACUUGGGUUAUUUGAACCAAUUCUUCGACAAUUGACCUUUUUUUAACUAAUCCAAUGGAUUUUAACUGAUUUUAACUCUAUUUACUAGCCAAGGGCACUUUUGCCUUCCUAACUUAAUAAGAAUUCAGCCUUUAUACAACUAACUCUUAAG